UUCUGAGUGUCAUGUAAACCAGCCCUUCGCUCUCCCCUUUUUGUCCCAUUCACUGCCCGCCCCACCCUGUGGCCCAAAGGGGGGUUGCUCCCUCUAUAAAACCCCUGCUUGUGCACCGGGUGAGCUUAUUCCCCCAGCAUGGAGAGCCAGAGGGUCCAGUCCUCAUACAGGAAACGUUUUGGGCCUCAGGGCGGCUCGGGCGCCAGAAUCGGUAGCCUGUCUUCCAACCGCCUCUCCUGGCAUGGCACCCCGCGGUCCAUCACCCUCUCCAGCCCCGUUUCCAGGCUCUCCCUGGGCUCCGCCAGCACGGCCCUGCUGCUGGGGAGCCCCGGUGACCGGCUGGACUUCUCCGCCGACUCCCUCAUGAAGGCCCACUACAAAGAAAUACGCACCAACGAGAAGAUGGAGAUGAUGGGCCUGAACGACCGCUUUGCCAGCUACAUAGAGAAGGUGCGCUUGCUGGAGCAGCAGAACAAGAUGCUGGUGGCGGAGCUGAACCAGCUGAAGGUGAAGGAGCCCAGCCGCCUGGGAGACAUCUACCAGGAUGAGCUCAGGGAGCUGCGGCGGCAGGUGGACGGGCUCACCAACGGGAAGGCCCGGCUGGAGGUCGAGAGGGACAACCUGGCAGCCGAUCUGGCCAUGCUGAAGCAAAGACUUCAGGAUGAGAUGACUCUGCGCCAGGAAGCAGAAAACAGUCUGAACACUUUCAGACAGGAUGUGGACGAAGCGGCUCUCAGUCGAGUCCAGCUGGAGAGGAAGAUCGAAGCUCUGCAGGACGAGAUCAACUUCCUGAAGAAAAUUCACGAGGAGGAGCUGCGUGAGCUGCACGACCAGCUCGUGGCCCAGCAGGUCCAUGUCGAUCUGGACGUGUCCAAACCGGACUUGACUGCGGCUCUGAGGGACAUCAGAGUCCAGUAUGAGAACAUGGCCACGUCCAACAUGCAUGAAACCGAGGAGUGGUACCGAUCCAAGUUUGCUGACCUGACAGACGCAGCCAAUCGAAACGCGGAGGCCCUGCGGCAAGCGAAGCAGGACGCCAACGAAUAUCGGCGUCAGGUUCAGGCUCUGACCUGCGACCUGGACGCUCUCAGAGGCACCAACGAGUCUCUGGAGCGCCAGCUGCGGGAGCUGGAGGACCGCAGCGCCAUGGAGGCUGCCGGGUACCAGGACACGGUCAGCCGCCUGGAGGAGGAGAUCCAGGCCCUGAAGGAGGAGAUGGCCCGCCACCUGCAGGAGUACCAGGACCUCCUCAAUGUCAAACUGGCUCUGGACAUCGAGAUCGCCACCUACAGGAAGCUGCUGGAAGGAGAGGAGAGCAGGAUCACCAUCCCAGUUCAGAGCUUUUCCAACCUGCAGUUUAGAGAAACUAAUUUGGACACUAAAACUCCGGAGGCUCAUGUGAAGCGAAGCAUCCUGGUCCGAACUGUGGAGACCAGAGACGGGGAGAUCAUUAAGGAGUCGACCACUGAACACAAAGACCUUCCUUGAAUUUCAAGGAAUUUCUCCAUUAUGUCCUGGAACACAUUCUGAUGUUUCUGAAUGAAAUAUUCCUUUAUUUUCAGUUUAAACCUCAAAGCUGCCUCCAUUAUGAAGCGCUUUCUAAUCAGUUUAGCACCCUUGCAAUUACUUUCAGACUAAAAUGUCCACUUUUAAGUCGUGUAACCGAUUCUACUAAGAUGUAAAACAUUAUUGUAGCUGAAAAAUGAGAUUUUAUUUGCCUUGACCCCAGUAAUCUGUCAUAGAAGAGGCCUUGAAAUGUAGAUUGUUUUGAUCUCAUUUGUAGUGUUGUGCAGGUUGAUGUGUGGUUACGUGUAUGUGAAACGUGGGGGGCAGGAGGGAGCGCUCGGUUCGUAAACGCUGAAACUGGAUUUUAGGUGAGAAACGGGAGGUGAGUUUAUGUCGCAGCAGCUUUUGACAGAACGACAGCUGAAUCCCAGCGGUUUGCUUCUACAUUCGCCUGGUGCUAUUUUUUUAUUUCCUUCAGGAUUUUCAUCCACGUCUCUUUUUAAAGUCCUGAAUAUCUGCAUGUUGUUCUGUUAGACAUCUAACAAGCUGAGGUUUCAGCAGAUUAAUUUGAGUUUUUCCUCUCUAAUAAUUUGUAGCGCAGGCAAAGUUUUGCGUCUUGUAUUGAUAAUUGAGUUUCUUCACUUUUUUCUAAAUCAGUCUGCAUUGUCUCAAGCAGAGUGACUCCUAACAGUAUUUCUGUGUGAAUAAAAUGAUCAGUGCCUUUUAAUCAGGCACAAGAGUUAGAAAUAGUAAAUCAAGCAUCCGUGUACGGAAGAAGAUUAGUGCCACUGGGAAAAAAACAAAAACAAUCCAGACUUUUUCCCCCCCUCAGAAUCAGAUUUGUUUAAAUUGUUUUUGCACCAUCAGGAAAAUCUAGUCUUUAAAUUUCUUAUAAAUCUAUCAAAUAAUUUUGGUACAGGUUUUCAGUGUGCAGGUUUACAAAUUCUAUUACAAGGAAGAAACAGAUAUGUGAUUAUUUUCAUACGCUAACAUCAUAAUUAACGUACAACUAAGAAUGUUUGGGUUUUUUAUUUGGAUUUUAACAUAGAUGGACAGAAUUAGAAUUCUAA